GAUAGAUAGACUGUUUAAUCAGUUUCACUACAGAAGACUUUAACAUCCCUUGAACUACUAUGCCCACUUCCUAGGUGUGUCAUAUCUUGUUGAUGCCUUUUCCCGACAACUGUCAAUUUGAAGUCGAGACUGUAAGCUUAGAAAACUUGCCAGAUCUGUACCAGCUGAGCGGAGAGUGGACAAUCACUCAACAGUAUAUAGCUGAAAGCGUCUAUACUAUGGACAACAACGAAAUUCCUGUCGCUCAAGUGACCCUAGAGAUAGAGAGAAGCUGGCUCUUCUACGCCAUCACCGUCGUAGGCCCAAUGAUGCUGACGUCAGUGAUGGCGACAUUCGUCUUCCUCAUACCGGAGCACACAGGAGAGAAAGUCUCCUUCCUAGUCAACAUGUUCGUCUCUGACGCUGUGUUUCUGAAUUUCAUCGCUGGCGCCAUUCCUCGUAGUAUGAAUCUCUUGAAUGUCUUGAAAUUGCCAAGAAUAACAUUAUUUCUUUUGGCUGUUAUGGUAGAAAAAGUAUUCGCACUUCUGGCCACCAUUUUUGUUAUCAGUAGAUACAACAAAGAACGUGGGGAAAAGGCGAAAAGAUCCGAGGACUUACUCUAUAAAAUUCUGGCGGAAAUGAUGAAGCAAGAUUCGAAAUCGGAUAUCUCCGCAAACAAGAACGAAAAAGAAACCAUCAGUACCACGAAAGAUGAGAAAAUUCCCAUUCCUACUUUCGGUGUCGGCUCCAGCUCUGACAACGCCCGCACUUUUCUCUUCUUGUUGAUGCAGAGGAAGAAUGUCAGUACUAAGCGGAUACGAAAGUUGUUUGCAUCUUAUGCAGGGACCAAAGUUUCACUAAAACGUAGCUGCUGUAUCAAAGCUAAGCACUGGGAUCUGAUUUUCUUUUUCGCCUUCAGCCUAGCUUCCAUUCCUUUCUAUACACUUCUGACCAAUAUCCCUGGUCCGUCAACAAACUCAUCAAAUGUUAGCACUUGAUUCAAAAUGUGCUAAAUUUAGCUGUUGUCUCAUGAGAAGUGUGUGUCGUGUUGCUAGAGAAUUGUGGGAGUGGGGAGAAGAAUGGAGGUCUGAUCACGUCGCAUUUUAUCUAUAUAGCGUCGAAAGCAUAUUUCAAAUUAAUCCAAAUAAUAACUUUAUUUUGAUAUCAUGUAUUUAAUAAACCUUGUUACUUUUCUCUGACAUUUACAUAGAAAUCCUUUCCGUAUCUUUUCAAUUCUGGGUUGUUUCCCGGUUCAUCAAAGCGGAUGGUAUAUCGAUAAACGUGAAGCCUGAUAAGUCUAUUCACUUGUUUACUAUAUUUUUUUAAACCUAUAACUUCUUGUAUCUUUUAGUAUAUCUGAUACCAAAAUAACAAAGAAAAGUUUGUUUCUGCAAGUAUCAAGUUAACUUUAAAAUAAAUAUUUGAAAUCUUUGACUUCACGUUUCUCCAGCAAGAAGAUAUGUAAUUAGUAAUGAGAAUAUAUACACAACACACACAGACACACACACACACAGACACACACACACACACACACACACAGGCUAUGUAUUAAGCAAUGUCUUCGAUUCCGAAGAUAAAUGGCGAGUGUUGAAUUCCACGUGAAAACGUAAAACUCAGUUGCGACUUGUUGUCCACCCGUCUCCUACAUCUGUCGUGUCUUGUUGUCCACCCGUCUCCUACAUCUGUCGUGUCUUGUUGUCCACCCGUCUCCUACAUCUGUCGUGUCUUGUUGUCCACCCGUCUCCUACAUCUGUCGUGUCUUGUUGUCCACCCGUCUCCUACAUCUGUCGUGUCUUGUUGUCCACCCGUCUCCUACAUCUGUCGUGUCUUGUUAGCCCGCAUUCAUAGGUUUAUUGUCUAAGCAUUCAUGGACAUGUUGACAUUUCUAAUGCGUUUUCAAAUUUAAGAUUACAAAUGUAUAUGUUAUAUUUGUGCAUGUUAUUAUUUUAAUAAAUUGUAAAUGGAGCGAAAUCCCUUUCAACUCUUGGACCAGAUGUUCUCAAUUUUCUUUUACCCGUGGACCCCUUUAUAUAAUCGAAACGUGCCCACGGAGCCCUCAAAGAAAAUGCUACAUUAAAUGUAUA